CACGCCCGCGAGUCACGUGACAGCCAGGAUCACGUGGUUGUCGUCACGCGCUCAGCAUGGCCGGCUUGGGGAUGGUGUCGCUGCUGCUCUUACUUCUGGCUUCGACAGAGGCCAGGCCCUCGGUGGACUCGGUGGUGGAUCCACCGAAGUUUGGAGACGUCUACCACAUCUCGGGAGUGCUGCUGCUGCCCUACGCUGAGAUCGAGGAGCCGUUCAAAGCCUGGUUCAACUUGAGUGGCAAAGCCAGCAGGAUUGAUUACUAUGGUGGUCAGGUGCUCACGUACCAGCACGCCUCGGAGAAGGAGUUUGGCAUCGCAUACAAGAUCACUCCUGAGACCACGGAGGAUGUUGUGAACGUGAAGAAAUGCUUCCAAAUCAAUGGCACCAGCGCCAGCCCUGUAGCCACCCAGGCCGUCAUUCCAGAUCUCACUGGCUUCCAGCCGGCCGGCUCGGAGGUGCUCCACGGCCGGCACUGCACGGUGUGGAGAAAUGUCACGUACCAGGGUAAGAAGAAGGCCACGUACACGCUGUGGGUGGGCACCACCGCCUCCGGGGAGCCUGAGCCCGUGCGUUACGAGAUGCGCGGCUUCAACACCCUGCUGGGCUCCCACGUUGACAAGUACAACGUGGACUACCACACCAUCAGUCACAAGGUGGACCCUGCCGUCUUCGAGCUUCCCAAAGGCACCAAAUGCGUCGGGUUCCCAGGCCCAGGGGCCGAGCACUCGCUGCUCGCCAAUCCCAUGGCGCAGUACGUGCCGAGCGAACCGAGCGCCGUGGACGACACCCACCAGCGUCUCUUCGAACACUUCACGAGCAAGCACGGGCGGGAGUACCCGCCGGGCAGCCACGAGCACGAGCGCAGGAAGACCAACUUUGUCCACAAUCUCCGGUUCGUCCACUCGGCGAAUCGUGCCAACCGCACGUACACGCUGGCGCUGAACCACCUGGCUGACCGCUCGGUAGAGGAACUGGCGCUGAUGCGGGGUCGCCAGAAACCCACGACCCCCAAUAACGGCCGCCCCUUCCCGGCGCAAAACUACGUGAAUGUGACGCCGCCGGACACCAUGGACUGGAGGCUCUACGGGGCCGUGACUCCCGUGAAGGAUCAGGCUUGCUGUGGCUCGUGCUGGAGUUUCGCCACCACUGGGACACUGGAGGGGUCCCUCUUCCUCAAGACAGGGCAGCUGAUCCGCCUGUCGCAGCAGAUGCUCGUCGACUGCACGUGGGGGUUCGGAAACAAUGCGUGCGACGGUGGGGAGGAGUGGCGCGCCUUUGAGUGGAUCAUGAAGCACGGAGGCAUCUCCACCGCGGACACCUAUGGGCCAUACCAGGGACAGAACGGCUUCUGCCACUACAAUAAGACGGAGCACGUGGCGCGCAUAGACCACUACGUGAAUGUGACGUCGGGCGACGAACAGGCGCUCCGCUUGGCCAUUUUCAAGAACGGCCCUGUGGCCGUGAGCAUCGACGCUGGCCACCUCUCCUUCGCCUUCUACAGCAACGGCGUCUACUACGAGCCAAAGUGCCACAGCAAGGUGGACGACCUCAAUCACGCGGUGCUGGGGGUGGGCUACGGCACGCUGGACGGGGAGGCCUAUUGGCUCGUCAAGAACUCGUGGUCCACGUACUGGGGCAACGACGGCUACGUGCUCAUGUCCACGCGCGACAACAACUGCGGCGUCACCACGGACGCCUCCUAUGCCGUGCUGGCCUGAUGGCGCCAGCUUCGCCACAAUCGUGAGCAGAGCCACUCGCAGGAGAUUUCAGGGUCUUGCCCCCAUCCCGCCCGCCGCUCACCCCCGAUCCGUUGGAAUCGGCUUGAGAAGAUACGAUUAAUCUCGACGCCAUUUUGCCGAUCGCAGCUGCUCUCCAAUGCCAUUGAGUUUUUGUUCGCAUGAGGCACUUUUCUGCCAUAGUAUCGUUCAAAAUACAUUUCACUGAUUUCGUGUGGUUUGUUUAAUUUUCUGAUCUUGGGUGAGUGUUAUAGUUUUGUAUUCUGAAUUGGGUGUGGUUCUGGUGUCAGGGGUUGUUGUCAUUUGAAUUUUUUUUUUAUUUGUGGGACAUUAUCAUGAAAAUAUUAAGCGCUGUUUUAAUGAACGUGCAUGAUUUCGAAGGUAUGUUGUUAGCCUUAUACAAUCUUGCACAUGUUUUAUUAACCUCAUCAGAUGUCCGAAUAUUAAAAAAAUUAAAAGCGCAAUGUCAAAUCCGUUGAAAUUACACAAUCUUGUUGGUCAAUCAAAGCAGAUUACGUUUAAAAGAUUGCACAUACAGCCAUAUGCUAUAUGCAGCAUUGACACAUUAAAGAGCAUGGAUAGUGAUAAUAAUUGUAAAAGUAUGAAACACAUUGCCUGUGCUUCCAUUGAAAUAUUCUCAGAAGUCUCAUACAAGUGCUUCAGGGUUUUUUAGUCGUAAAUACAUCUCAGCACUAGUCUGUAAAAAGGUAAGGAUAGAUCUAUGCCGUUCCCGAUAAUGGAAAGUGGAAUUUGUGUUCCUUAAGCACCGGUCAGCAAGUGGUGUUCAUGAAUUGAGAGAAUGAGGUUACGUAUGCUAGAUCAUCGUAUUUGGUGAUUGACCUCAUUUAAUUUUCUCAAAAGUAUUGCCUUUUCUCAAAGUGUCGGAAUGUCCCGAGUUAUCUUGAAAUCAAUGACGAGGUGUGAAUAAUUUUUAAGAUUACAAAGCGAAUAAAGGAUUUUUGAAAUAUG